AUGGAGGACCAGUGCAUGAUCAUGUGCGGCGAUUGGUUUGUGGUAAUGGAGACAGGUGGCGAGGCUGGUUCCUCUGUACGAAGGUAUGCGUUUGAGAGAAAUUCAAGGGAACAGUUGCAUGAGUUUGACAUAGAGGAAGAUGUGUUUGUGGCUGCACUUAGCUACUGGCCGCCGACAUCUUUGGAGAUAAAAACCGGGAUAAGAACCCCUCUAGUACUACUUACCAGUGAAGAGCGAUACGCGGUGUCGAAGCCACAAGUUGUGAACUUGGAGGAUGUUGAGUUUAUACGUGAGGUAGAGAGAGUUGAGGAAGAAAUCAAUGAUGAAAGCUCGCACAGAAAGGAAACAGAUGGAAGCGGUAGUAGUGCGGGGGAAGACGAUGUUGUGGGUGAAGUAGAUGUGGUUGACGAGAGAGACAUACGACCUAGAGGUUAUGAUAAAGAGUUUUGGAGUCCACUACUUAACGGUAGCUAUGGUGGGUUUAAUGCCGUGAAUAUACUUUAUAAUGAUAAUGUGAUUGUGGAUGGUUAA